AUGACACGAAAUGUCGCUAGAGCUGCCGAGCGUGAAGAGUGGGAGAGGGUUCAACUCUUGGUUGAAGAAGGAGAGAGCGUGAAUGCGACAGUCUGGGGAUCAUUUACAGCUUUACACUUUGCCGUCGGGCAUGAAAACGCAGAUAUUUGUUCGUUCUUACUUUCACGAGGUGCGAACGUCACUAUGGCAAGCAUUGAUGGACAUACACCGCUUCAUAUCGCUGCAUGUUGCCAUCAUGCCGAUAUCUGUCAACUGUUAGUUGAUCACAAAGCUGAUGUUACAUGUGUCAACAAGGAAGGUGAUACUCCUCUUCUCAUAGCUUUAGCUUCUAUGCAUUAUUUGCAUGACAUUCCCGCUGUGUGUCGUCCACUGAUAACAAAUGAGAGUGUGAAUGUAGCAGAUCUUCAUGGUAACUGCGCUGUACACAUAGCAGCCAAGAUUGAUGCAGUGGAUAGAGAUGGAAAUCAACCACUACAUUUGGCAUGUAAACGAGGUCAUACAAGUGCAAGCCUUUUCUUGCUUUCCCAUGGAGCAGAUGUAAAUGCAUUGAAUGAAUAUGGACAAACACCACUACAUACAGCAGCUGGUGGAGAGGAAGACAACCCUGAAUUGUGUUCUAAUUUACUAAAACGUGAUGCCAAGAUUGAUGCAGCAGUUUGUAGCAAAAGAGAUUGUUUUGAGGUUUGUGAGAUGCUCAUAGCAAAGGGAUCGCCAGUGAAUGUUACAGAUAGCAAUGGACACACAUCUCUACAGCUUGCAUGUCAGAAAGGACAUAUGACAACAGCUGACGUGUUAGUUAAAAGUGAUGCUGAUUGCAAUGUAUUGAAUGUGUUUGGCGAGACGUUACUGCACUUGGCUUGUAAGAGUCGUGUUGAAUGUGUUGAGUUGUGUGAUAAGUUGAUAUCACAUGGAGUGAACCCUCAUGUAGCUGACAGAGAAGGAAACUUACCCUUGCAUGUUGCUUUGAAGAACAGACUUAGCAAAACAUUCUGCUAUUUGUUUCAAAAGUCGGGUGAUGCUGUAUUAGAUGACUUACAGAAGGCGAAUAUUGAUAAAGAAGAUCUUAUGGCCAUUUUUAGUAGUGCUCAUGAAGCUGACAACAUCAACAAUUGUCGUCAUAUUUUGGAAUUUAGUGCUAAGUUAGACCCUUCGAGUAGAUUGUGUCUGAGAGAAGCAAACUGUCACACUACAACAGGAUACUCACUCAUUCAGAGAGCAGUCGAACAGCAGAAUAUUGCAAUUUGUCUGCAUUUGAUUGCUUGUGGAGCAUCUGUAAAUUCAGAUAUACCUUACAGCCCCCAAGAACAUGGUGCCACUAGUGAUCCCAAGAUAACGGGCACAAAAGGUCCAUUGCAUGUAGCUGUCUUUAGUAAACAAAAAGAUAUAGUAAGACUUCUUUUGUCUCAUGGAGCUGAUAUCAGUAAAGUUCCAAUUGGCAAAGAAGCUGUUUUGAGGAGAUUGGAAAUACAAAAAAAAGGCAAAAUGGCAUCAAUCAUUCAGGCUUCUGAAACAUUUCCUGAAGAGAUCGUGUCGCCAGGAGAAGCAGCAUUGCGUGUCUAUCUGUCAUACUGUAGUGAGGGAUCAGCAGUAAACGUGUUUCUACGUGUUGAUGUUGUUGGACGUGAUGGUGUGGGUAAGACAAGCUUAACAAAAUCUCUCACUCUCCAGAAGUUCAAUCCUGAUGAGCCGAGUACAAUAGGAGUCGUGUUUGAUCCAAAGUGUCAGAUUAUUGUGAAGGAAGCAUGUGACUGGACCAAACCUCUCACCAGUGCUGACUAUGCAGAAAUAUAUGAAAAGAACGUUGUGAUCAAUAUGGCAGAGGCACUUGACACACCAGAAGUAAAAGAUCAAUAUUUCAAGUCAAAGGAAAGUGAAUAUCCAAGGAAACAGAAUUACACUCACAUGGCAAAGAAAUCAUCAAAUCAGGAUUUACGUGUCCAGGCUGUUCCUGUUGGUUCUUCUCAUAGCAUGCCUUCAAUGCCUCGUGUUCCACCUAAUGAUUGUUCACCGAAGUUGACUGUUCCUUCUCAGAAACCAACAACUUUAGUAGUUCCUGCACAGUCAGUUCCAUCAGGUUUGUCAUCCUCAUUGCAAACGUCAUCGAAUUUGUCCGCAUUCAAAGACUCUAACGUUUCGUCUCACAUAGCAGCCACAGAUGCAAAACCAUCAGGUGGUACAGAAUUUGCUGUAGAAUCUUGUUCAUCUUCAGAUCAUACUGAGGCAGAUUUUAGAAAUGUGGACAAUUUAGUGGGGGAUGAAGGAGACAGGAAAUCUAUGGCCAGCAAUUUCUCGUCUGAUUUACAAAGCAGCCAAGAAACCAACAGCAACCACAACAAAAGAAACAUGAGAAUAAAGAUGAAACGUCAAGCAGACGUUCUCUAUUCUGUGACUCGGGCAGCACUGACCAUGACACUAGGUUGCCAAACAAGAAAACAAAACCAAUCAUAG